AUUGGUUAUAUUGGCCCUGCUUUCAGCUUCGUAACUGUACCUGUUUCAACAUUAUUGACACAAACCAAGACGUUGCAGAUCUCCUACUCAGCCACAGCUUCCACCUUGAGCAACAGAGGAUAUCAUCCAUAUUUUAUGAGAGCGAGUUCACCUGACCCCAAGCAAGCUAAAGUUAUCAUGCAGUUAGCUAAAAGGACUUCCUCGAAAUACAUACAGAUUAUCUUCUCGAAGGAGGAAUAUGGGAUAGCUGGAAAAGAAGCUCUUCUGGAUGCUGCACAGAAAGAGGAGAUAUGCGUGGCACAGACCGUUGAAGCUGAGAACACUGAUGAUCCAAGUAAACAUACAGGCUACAUGUCUAAGCUAAGACAAUACAGAUAUGCCAAAGUUGUCGUCGUGUUUGCAUUGCCGUUUCUUACACGUUUGAUCAUGCAGAACCUUGAUAAAGAUAUGGAAAGUAGAGAAUUUUCCUUUAUUGGUGGAGAAAGCUGGGCUCAAAUGGAAGACCUUUUAACAACAAACUUACGUGGUUCUAUAACAAUAGCUCAGAAGCUUCCUGAAAUUACCGCUUUUGCUGAAUACUUUAAAAAUAUAGACAUUCAAACUUACGAAAACCCAUGGCUGCAAGAGUACUUUGAAGAAAUUAAACAGUGCUAUGUACCUAAAAGUUUUCAAAAGAAGAAUGGACAAAAAUGUCCCUCAUCAAGGCUUGGUGACAGUAUCAAGCCUGAUUUGUGGGUAACAUUUGCAAUCUACACAGUGUACAGUCUUGUCCAUGGGUUCCACGAUGCUGUGACAUCAAUCUGUAAAGAUCUUGUAAUCUGCACAGACAUUUCCACUCCAGCCAUGAUCGCUAAACUGAAAGAAGUAAAACUGGAUAUUUACCAGGAUGGUAACAGCAUCAACGUCUUUGACAGCAAUGGUGACGGAAACGUGGGGUACACUAUUUCCCAGAUUGUCCGGAACAAAAGUCUUUUGUAUAAAGAGGUUGGCCAUUCAUCAGAUAAGGGUAUCAUUUUGUCAAGACCUGUACAGCAACUGAUGACAUAUUUAAACUUUACUUCGGCUUGUCCAAACGAAUAUGAAUGUGCACAGUGCAGGAAGCAGUUUGAAAGCAAAAAAAUUGCUCAACCGAAUUCCGACAGAACAACCAUUUUCUAUUCGCUUGUUUCUGGUGCAAGUGUGCUCGGGUUGGUUGUCUUGGUGAUGUCAGGUUAUCUCUGCCGCCAAGUGCGGAGGAGGAAGACCCAGAAGAAAGAAGAUCCCUAUUCGACCAUAUGUCCGAGGGAUAGUUUCAUUCAGUGAAACAAAUCAACAUGCCCAAGUGCACCUUUGUACUGACUGACUGACUGACUGAGUUUGGUUUUACGCCGCUUUUAGCAAUAUUCCAGCAACAUUACGGCGGGGACACCAGAAAUGGGCUUCACACAUUGUACCCAUGUGGGGAUUCGAACCCGGGUCUUCGGCGUGACGAGCCAACGCUUUAACCACUAAGCUACCCGACCGCCCCCUGCACCUUUGUAGAACUGUAUAACUAAUCACAUUAGUAGCUAUCUGAUAUCACCAUGAUCAAAUCUUGUGUCAACUGAAGAUAUAUAAUCAACAACAGGAUUUCGUUCAACAGACAAACAAUUAAAUAAUGUUAUCGUACGAAGUUGGUGUACUUCGUAUAGUUAUGUUUACGUACAUCUUCAGUGAUGUUUGUUUAUUCGAUUCUAUUGUGUACGAUUCGGUAAAUAUGCAAUGAUGUCCUUCUUAACACGUACGU